GCAGGAACAGGGAUGGCGUUUCUGUUCUGGAAAAAGUUAAAGAAUGCUUUUCCUGUGCGUUCUUGCAGGUCUCGAGCCCAUAGCAAGCUAUCAAAUUAAAGCUUUCAUUUCAAAAAGGCCCCUGAAAUAUGAAAGCUGGAAUCUGAUUGGUUGCUAUGGGUAACUGCUCCACUGUAUCUCUGCACAAUGUUUAAUACAUUUUCCCUAAUGAGUUUGGCGAAGAGCACCUCUUCUGGCUAUGGCCCCUCUUGUAAUGGGGGGGGGGGGGACACAUGGAAUUGCACUUGCUCCCCCUCUUGUUUUCCCACAGGUGGUGUUUCCUACAGUUGCUGGGCAGAUUUGUUUGAGAGGUGCAGUUGCUGGGCAGAUUUGUUUGAGAGGUGCAGUUGCUGGGCAGAUUUGUUUGAGAGGUGCAGUUGCUGGGCAGAUUUUCCAAAGUAGCUGCUGCUGAUUGGUUGUUUAGAGAAGAGCGGGAAAGCUGAAAAGAUAUACAAGUGUUCUGUGGUACGGUAGUCAGUCUGGCAGCAGUACAUGAAGGAAGAAGCCCUGUACCUGAGGUAACUGCCUGAGGAGAACCGCAGCUGUUUUAGCUGGGUCUGCUUACACUGCUCUGAUGGUCCUGUGUUGGGCUGUCGAGCUUCUGCGUAAAGUCUCCUGUUAGCAUUAUCUCUGAAGUGCCUUAUGUUAUGGAGGAACUGUUAAGGGAGCUUAUCAGGCGUGUGCCACAUCCUUACGUCCAGGGAGGAAUGGGUCAGAACAACAGCAUCCAAUGAGGCUCAGGGAGAUCCUAGGCGGUCAGAGGAGGGGAGGCUGAGGAAGAGCAAAAUAGCUACCCGUUCACCGCCACCUUCGGCUUCUCCAGGACUCGUCCAGAUGCAGCAGGAGUCCCCCCCCCCCCCCAAGAAGCCAGCAGACAACUGCAGCAGGACCUAGGACUUCAGGGACCAGCUAAUCGGGUCAGGAACUGGACAAGAUCCCCUCCACUGUCCGAUAGAGGACACCUUCUUAAAACUCCAACACAAAAAGCCUAUUCCAAUUUUUUCUUUUGAUUAUUUUGCAUCAUUAUUCUAUAUUUUAUUUUAUUUUCAUGUUUUAUUUUCAUUAUAUCUAUUUUAUGUUUCCAAGCUUUUUUCUUUUUAGCGGGGUGACACUCAUCUAUUGCCUGAAAAUGCUGGUUAUAAAGGACUGGCCUGGAUACUAUUGCGAUGAGUGCAUUUUCAUAUCAGGGGCUUCUGCCUUUCCCAAUGUGCUCGCCCUCUGGAGUGGAGAACAAGAGUAUGGGACUGAUAUACUCCAGAAUUUGUCCCUGAGUGCUUGGGGACAAUACAACUGGAGUUUGACACAAAAUAGCCCACUGGGAAUAUGCACCAUAUUUGCCUAUACUAUUGUGCCCUGAAAUGUCCUGUUUCCAGCAACAAAGAUGGCAGACUGGCUUCUCAGGGCGCUGAAGCGCAGGCACGAGGAGCCGACCUAUCCAGAUAGGCGCAAGAUACAAUGGGGAUCGCACUAUGGUCUGCCCUCACUCAAAAUGGGCCGGAGCUACGAGCUUACUGCAUACGCAUGCGCAGAGAUGACGUGUCACCACUACGCACAUCGGAAGUAAACAGAUCACGGCGAUACCGGCAAUCUACUGUUAUAAAUGUGUUUUUUUCUUUUUUAUUGGAAUUUGGCUACGACUGAACUCCAUAAGUGGGUGGGAUCUGGCACUCCCUCUCCUGACCCGAUCUGGAGCCUCAAUGGAUUGAAUUCUUUUCUUGAAUACAUGCUGCAGCCAUGAUCAAGGUCACAAGUCCGUGCUGGAGCUGCUGCUCUCAAAUGUUACCACUGUAAAGAAAAGAACUCAGAUACCUGUGAGCAAAAAGAACAAGAAUGUCCAGAAGGAGACCGAUGUAUGACAAUUUCAGAGGAAUAUAAAAAUAUGGAAAGCUAUCACUCCAUAUACAAGGGUUGCUCUGGUGACUUGCCAUGUGACAAGAAACUUUAUUCAAUGACGAACGAUAGCUUAUAUCUAAUGACUAACCUACAGUGCUGUGAUACAGACCUCUGCAAUGACCAAUUCUAUGAAAUGCCGGAAGAUGAGAAGCCCCAUGGAGGUGUAUGUCCAAGCUGUAUUAAGUUUAACACUUUGGAGGAAUGUAAAGCGAACAAUAAAUUGAAAUGCCUACAAAAAGAUGACAAAUGCGUAUCAUUUUCUGCAGAGGUCGAGAAACCAGAUGGAGUUGCAAUCUCUUACUCAGCCAAAGGAUGCAUGUCUGCCCUAGAAUGUGAACGACUAUCAGACCUGAUAAUUGGAAUCAAAAUGCUUAAUGGAGGAAAUUUUGAGUGCAAGAACCCUCCAAGCAAAAAAGAGAAACAUCAGGAAGAAAACUGAACUAGUACCAUAAACAUCAAAUUCUGCAAUGCUGGAAUCAAAAAGCUGAAUCAAUGCGUUCUCUAGAAAUGUUCCUUCCACCACUCUUAAAGGAGGUGUCUCAUCCUACAAAAUUCUGAUAAACUUAUCCCCUAUCCGCAUUUGUUUUAGAUCAUGGGGGGUCCGCCACACCACCCUCCAUAUAUCUCUAUGGGAUAGCAUUUGGCUAUCUUCAGCUCUCCCAUAGAGAUAUAGUAUGUGGAGGGGGCAUGGUUUCCCCCACUUCGGGCAGGGGCCAUGACGCGCAACUCCCGGGGAGAGCAGAAGGCCCGUACAGUCAGACAUC